AAUCCUACGUGCUUUGCCACUCGCCCCCAAAACGUUUCGUUAAAAUAAGUACACUCGUGGUGUGCGUGUAUUCAAACUUCAAAGCUUUGUUAAGUGUGAGAGAAAAUUGUAAGUAGCAACCAGCAAGUGAAAGAAGACGCUGGGGAGGAAGGAAACCCAGGUGCAUUGACCUGAACGUCAAAAUGCUGGCUUCUAAGGGAGCAGUUGUCCCAGAUUCUAGAGUGAUGAUGAGGACCUUAUUCUCCCCCUGCAAUAUUUCACAUAUACCAGUUAUUAGCUUUGGACGGAAAAGCUCGUCAAAAGCCUAUAGUGCAAAAAUGGAGCUCUCAAUCACACAACCUGAUGAUUGGCAUCUUCAUCUUCGUGAUGGUGACGUUCUUAAGACAGUUGUCUCGCACAGUGCACAUCACUUUGGGAGGGCAAUAGUUAUGCCAAAUUUGAAGCCUCCUAUCACGACCACCGCUGCUGCUGUAGCAUACCGGGAAGCGAUAUUGAAAUCUUUGCCUGCCAAUAGUGAUUUCAAUCCUCUUAUGACACUUUAUUUAACAGAUACAACCAGUCCUCUUGAAAUCAAACUAGCAAGAGAGAGCCAGGUCGUAUUUGGGGUGAAGUUAUAUCCUGCUGGUGCCACGACAAAUUCACAAGAUGGAGUGACUGAUCUCUUCGGGAAGUGUUUACCAGUUCUACAGGAAAUGGUUGAGCAUAAUAUGCCUCUGCUGGUUCAUGGAGAGGUUACAAAUCCUGAGGUUGACAUUUUUGAUCGAGAAAAAGUAUUCAUUGAAACGCUUCUAAGCCCUUUGGUUCAGAAAUUUCCACGAUUGAAGGUCGUGAUGGAGCAUGUUACAACCAUGGAUGCUGUAAAGUUUGUUGAAUCUUGCACUGAAGGAAAUGUUGCAGCGACUGUCACCCCACAGCAUCUUGUUUUGAACAGGAAUUCUCUCUUCCAAGGGGGCUUCCAACCGCAUAAUUACUGCCUUCCAGUGCUCAAAAGAGAGAUCCACAGGCAGGCUCUUGUGUCAGCUGUAACAAGUGGAAGUAAAAGAUUUUUUCUUGGGACUGACAGCGCUCCUCAUGAUAGACGAAAGAAAGAAUGUUCUUGCGGGUGUGCUGGUAUUUACAAUGCUCCUGUAGCCUUAUCAGCAUAUGCGAAGGUGUUUGAACAGGCGAACGCACUUGACAAGCUCGAAGCAUUUACUAGCUUCAAUGGACCAGAUUUCUAUGGGCUUCCCAGGAACAACUCACUGAUUAAGUUGAGCAAGACGCCAUGGAAGGUGCCCGAAUCCUUUUCCUAUGCAUCGGGAGAUAUUGUUCCCAUGUUUGCUGGUCAAAUGCUCGACUGGUUGCCCUCUCCUCUCUGAGAGAGAAAAAGAGAUUCCCAUUCUCAUCUGACAUUCUUGUUGUACUGUAAUAUUGUGAUUAUGGACUAUAGGGGUAUUCAUCUUUGCUUUCCUGUUGAUUUGGCAUUAUCGGAAAUUCAGAAUGAUAAAGGUCAUUUCGAUAAUACCUUUUCAGCCAAAAAAGUAUCGAAAUAAUAAUAAAGCUUUCUGGAUGUGACUGCAAAUUAAGCUAUAAAUCUUUUGUUGAAUCA